GGGCCAGUGGGUCUGCCGUCUGCAGUUCCAGCCCUAGAGUUUGAGGGGCACGGGAAACCUCGCGAGGUCACCUUGCAGGGUCGGCCUUUUGCUUGCUGCCCCAGAGCUGCUUUUAAAUUCUGAAAGCCCAGCCCCGGAGGCUAAGAAACCCCUGAAGCCAGCCGACCAUGCCCGCAGGUGUGCCCUGGACCACCUACCUGAAGAUGGUCACCGCCAGCCUCCUGGCCAUGUUCGCGGGGUCCCAAGUGGUGCACAGGUACUACCUGCCGGACCUGACAAUACCUGAAAUUCCACCAAAGCCUGGAGAACUCAGAACGGAGCUUUUGGGACUGAAAGAAAGACAACACAAACCUCAAACUUCUCAGCAGUAGAAACCUCAAGAUACAACUCUGCCAAGAACUCUGUGAAUAAUAAAUCUCAAAUACCUAUUUUUGAAAUUUAUCGAGUCAAACUGCUUCUCCUCAAGCACCUUAUACAAUGCUAACUACAAGACGAGAUACACAGUAGAUUUUAACUGAUUCAUUGAGAUUUACUUAUGGUUUGACUAAUGUUUCUUGAAAACUGCCAAAGGUUUCUUAACUGUGGCUUGAUAGAUAAUUUAGUUGUGAAUAUCAUGUGAGAUAGAGUAUUUGCAAAGA